GAGUGGCUAUGACGACACUCCGCAGGGCGUCUCGUUCGCUCAAAGGAAACAAUCUAAAUCCGCCAGCGCCUUGGAACGCGAAAAAGUGGACAACAUGUCUCCGCCAUCCACCACUUCCACUAACUCACACCCACGCAAUGCCAAGAGUGUAGAAGCUCUUACAGCCAACUUAAGAAGUACCUCCAAAAGCUCAACACUGGACGAGCAAUCUGCUACCAGUAAAUCCAGUGAUAUACACACGUCGGGUGCGCCGGACGGGCGCAAAGACACAAGCGCCUCUGAUAACGAACAGAGAAGUACUGGUAACCAUGGCAACCGCCAAGUACCAAGUUUUGCAGGGCUGGAUAUGAGCAAAAUCAGCACACGCUCUCAUAGAGCCCGCGCAGCCACCCCCGUUGCCAUAGAAACGCCGCAGAAGGGAGAGGGCCGUCUAAGCCCUAUACCACAGGACACAGACACACACAAACGUGCGCUUAGCAACCACAGUACAAACACCAAUGCAGGCGUUGGUAGUGGUACAAAUAUGGAUAUUGCGAGUUUGAGCGGGUUCUCGGAUGCUGACCAGAGUAGUGGGCUGAGUCUGGUGGGGUUGGACAUGAGUAAGGUGGGAACACGGUCGCCAAGGAGACGUGCUCCGCCAGCCAAUCAGAACCCGGAAGUGCCCGUAACCAAGGGCAACGGCGUAUCUAUAAAUAGAAUCUCCGUGACCAAGUCUGAUCCUGGUGAAUUAAACGCAACGGGUGACGGAGAAGUACGCGAAAGAGAUGGCUCAAGAUCACCGCCCCAACGCGCCCAAUCAGAUGCCAGCAUUCCUGUACCUACCAGUGCUAUCCACCAAUCAGAAUCGAUUGUUGGGAGCAGAGCGAGCCAAAGAAGACUGCCGACGUCAAACUUGGCCAGGAGUGAGAGUAUACAACACCAGGAAGCUCUCAACGCAACUGGAGGUGUCAAUACCGAUACCCCCACAGCUAUCCAAACUGAGGUGUCCGCAGGGGAUGCGACCAUAACAGGACUGAUGGGGGUCCCAAUCCCAAUCCCAACAGACACCAGUAAAGUUGCGCCACGCACGCCCAGAAGGCGAGUUCUUCCCCCGAGCACUACAACCGGACACGCUCAGUCCGAUAGCACACUCUACGAGCCAUCCACAACCACUCAAGCUCCGCCCAAUGAGUCACACAGCCACGCACGCGCUGAUGCCGGAGCACAAACACACAUGCUGAAGACGCGGUCAAACGUGCCUGUGAUGGAAGGGGGCGGUGGCGAUGAGGGGUGUGGGUUUGGGGCGACCUAUUCGCUGCCCAUACCACAGGACACGAGCAAGGUAGCCUCCCGGACCCCACGACGGGCGAGGCCUAUGGCGUUGGUGAAUAAGAGUGUGGGAACUGAGGACCGUGUACAGGAUACGACGGUUGCCAUGGCAACCAUUGCGAAAGGCGGGGAUGAUACGGAUGUGGCGGAGGGGAAUGCCGGGAGUACCGCGGGCUCGACCGGCCCUAAAGCUAAAGGAGAUAGUGGAGAUAAUAUAGACUCACUGACAAACUUGACCUACAACAAGGACAUUGAUAUAGAGAGCAUUCCUGGAUGAUUGAUAGAUUAUCUACACACACGACUCGACAUUAAUAUAGUGAGCUUCCCAGGACUGUGCCGAGGCGGGCAUGGGCGAGUCGUGUGCUAAGUGUAGUAAGGUAUCGUGGGGGCAGAGUAUAAUAAGAAAUUUAAAGGUUAAACGAGGUGGAAAAGGCUUAUAUAGAAGUGGAUGUAGCUUAAGAGGACGAGUGUUGUACACUGUCUUCACCUAGACGUAUUCCAAUUGCUAACGGUUUAGCGCAGGAACAUAGAUAAAAGUAGCAAAC